GAAUGUUUGCGAGAGUGGAGGUUCGUGACGUCAAGACUCAACAACUGCAAGACUUCGACAAACCGAAGCGGACUCCCUCUGCUUCCGAAACAAAUGUCUGAGAAUGUGCGAAAGGGAAAGUGGUGGAUAGAUAUCUCGUGAAAGAGUGUUGUAAAACGAGUAAACUCGUAAACCGAUAAAUCUUCGCCAUGCACAGGUGCCCCGCAGACCUUCACCCGUCUCAAGCCAGGCGCCACGUGACGCGGCGCAAAAAAACCUUCGUUUGAAAGUCCAAUCAUUUCGACGAGUACGGGGAAAGCCACCGCCGCCGGCUUGUGCGAGGGAAAAACCACUUUCAUUCGAGUCGGAGCAAUGUGCCACUACUUCACCAGAAAGAAAACGAGCGAGUUGUUACGAUUACGAGCCCGCGGACGGGGUGAACGGCAGCUGGCGGUGAAAGGGACUUGAACAACCGCGUCGCCUCUCCGCUGUUGACUCGCGAAAACAAGUGAACAUGUCGACCGUGGCGAGCACGCCUGACUGGACGGAAGACAGUUGGAUUUUCCGGCUGUUUAUCAACAUCCUCGGCUACUCGUCGGUCAUCUGUCCCGGUGCACUCGUCAUCUACUAUGUCAAGAAAACCAAAUAUUUCGAAGGCAAAGGUGCCAGCGGGUUUGCAAGUCGUCUGCUCCGCCUCUUUGUGCUGGGCAGCGAACCAGAGAAGCCGAGCCUCGAGCUGGGCGGGGCCUCCGACUUCUCUUCCACAACCACGAGGACGCAGCAGUCGCGGUCCUUUCUCAACGAAGCCUUUGUGCUGGGCUACUGCUUUCUUGGUCUCCAGGUCUCCUACCUGACGUGGGGCGUCCUGCAGGAGAAGAUAAUGACGCAAAAGUACUUUGACGUGGUGUCCUCUGGCGGGGAGGGCCACCGCUUUCGGGACUCCCAGUUCCUGGUGUUUGUGAACCGGGUGCUGGCCUUUGCCCUGUCAGGGGCCUACCUGCUGGCCAGCCGUCAGCCCCGCCACGUGGCGCCCCUCUACAAGUACUCCUUCUGCUCCUUCUCAAACAUCAUGAGCAGCUGGUGCCAGUACGAGGCUCUCAAGUUCGUCAGCUUUCCCACACAGGUGCUGGCCAAGGCGUCCAAGAUCAUCCCCGUCAUGCUCAUGGGCAAGGUCGUCUCCCGCAAGUCCUAUGAGGGCUACGAGUAUGUCGUGGCGGUCACCAUCUCCCUCGGCAUGGCGCUCUUCCUACUCUCCCGGGACCCCACAAACCCGUCCGCCUCCCAGACGUCCACCACCUUCUCCGGAGUGGUCAUCCUGGCGGGGUACAUGGUCCUGGACAGUUUCACGUCCAACUGGCAGAGCGAGAUGUUCCGCUCGUACAAGAUGAGCUCGGCGCAGAUGAUGUGCGGCGUCAACUUCUUCUCCUGCCUCCUCACCCUCGUGUCCCUGCUCCAGCAGGGGGCGCUGCUCGCAUCGCUCCGCUUCAUGGUCCGCUUCCCCGCCUUCUUCUACGACUGCCUCCUCCUCUCCAUCUGCUCCGCGACGGGACAGCUCUUUGUCUUCUACACCAUCUCGCAGUUCGGACCCGUGGUGUUUGUCAUCGCGAUGACGGUGCGGCAGGCCGUGGCAGUGCUGCUGUCCUGUCUCAUCUACGGACACAGCCUGGGCGGGAUGGGGGUCGUCGGAGUCCUGACGAUCUUCGGAGCGGUGUUCGCAAAGAUCUAUCUCAACCAGCGAGCGCGGCGCGGUAAGCAGACGACGAGGCCAGAACCGAGGACCUCGGACACGAGAGACCAAGUUCCGCUCUUAGUGGUGAUCUCAAAGGAUCAAGAGACGUAGCGGCAUGAAGUGAACUGUCGCGCCGCUAGACCCAUAUUUUUUUUCUACUAGUUGCGUGGCCAUGACACUGGCAGAACACCAGCUUUUUAGGGUUGUUAUUACUACUACUUUUGUUGUUAUUCUACUUGUUUCACUAAUUUCCAAAGAGAGCUUGUUGAAGCCCGUUUCUCUUCAAAUCGAAUCCUCGUUUUCAGUGUUUCCGAAGGACCUAGUGCUACUUUUUUUAAGUCCACAUUGUUUUUCUAUUUGCUCGCAUUUAGAGCUAGCUCUUUACACGGUUUAUGUGUGCGUCUUUGUAAAACUGCAAAGAUGUUUCUCUUAACUCUUAUUUCCCCCUUUUCGUACAAAAUUAUUUAUUUAUGGUGCCCAGCUUGUGGUGGCUUUUAUUUUCAUCAAAGUAAAGCUACGCACUUUUGGCGUUUGCUUACGAGGAGAGAUAAACUCUUUUGGUUGCAAACACUACCGCGUUAUCAAGGACAACUGCAUGGUUGCCGUCGUCACUUUGCAUAAUCCACGUUUGUACAGGUUUGGCGAGAGAUAUAGAGAGAGAGAUAUAUUUUUGUUGUCUAGAGGCUGCAUCUCACAAUCGCUGCAAUUCCGACAUGAUGGAGGCUCACGAAGGGACGUAGCUCAGGGUGCCAUAUCUGUUCUUGCUCAUAGACUUUGUUCGCCCAGACGGAGUGACAGGAUUCUCGCAAGUGCAACGAAGUGGUAGAAGAUUUAUGUCAGUGCUGUGGUCUCAAGCCCCCCGCCACCUUUCGAGCUUAUGCUUAAAGUCAAGAACUCGCUUUUCCUUUUAGUUUCAGUCUUUACACCGCAGUUUGUACCAGUGGCGGAUCCAAGGGCUGUACCAGUGGCGACAGAGGUUGCUUGCCCCCCCCCCCCCCCCCCCCCCCAAAACAGAGUUGUGGAUCCGCCCCUGGUUUGUACUAACUCUGAGCAAGCUCGAAAAAUGGUGUGUUUGUUGUUUCUGCCGUGCAAUGUGUUGUUGGCAGAGAUGUCCACCAAUAAAACUGUUGGAUCUGCCUGUUUUAAA